UUCCGGACGGCGCCGGCGGGGGCGCUGGCCUGUGGCGCUGGGCGCGGGCUCUGCGCGUUGCAGGGUCGCGGCGGCGCCUGGGGACGCUUGAGGCCGAGCGAGCAGCGGCCGUGUGGACAAGCGCCCCUCGAGCAGCAGCAGAGCGGCGCCCGACCCCGGCCCCGCCGCCAUGGGGGCCGCCCCGGGCCGCGCCCCCGGCCCGUCCCGCCCGCCGCGCCGCCGAGCGCCUGGGCCGCGCCGCUGAGCCGGUCCGGGACCCGGGCCGGGCCAGGAGAAGGCGCGGGCGGGCCGCUGGAGCGCGCUGAGCACGCCGAGGCCCGGUCGUGCUAGGACCCAGAGCUGCAGACCAGGCUGGCAUAGUUGGGCUGCACCCCAAGGUCUUCAGGGGAAAGGCAGAGCUGCGAGCGAGUGCUGAGCACUGAUGUAGCGUGUGCCACAGCGCUGUCCAGCCACACGAAACCCCAAAAUGAGCCUCCAGGAGCAGGACUUCCCGCUGGACCUUGGCUCGAGCUUCACCGAAGACGCCCCCCGGCCCCCAGUGCCGGGAGAGGAGGGUGAACUUGUGUCCACAGACCCCAGGCCUAUCAGUCAUGGCUUCUGUUCCGGGAAGGUGGUUGGACCAAAAGGGGAGACGUCCACUGCCACACCACGGCGCUCGGACCUGGACCUGGGCUACGAGCCUGAGGGCAGCGCCUCGCCCACCCCACCCUACCUCCGCUGGGCUGAGUCGCUGCACUCGCUGCUGGACGACCAGGACGGCAUCCACCUGUUCCGCACCUUCCUGCAGCAGGAGGCCUGUGCUGACCUGCUGGACUUCUGGUUCGCCUGCAGUGGCUUCCGGAAGCUGGAGCCCUGCACCUCCAAUGAGGAGAAGCGGCUGAAGCUGGCCAAAGCCAUCUACCGAAAGUACAUCCUCGACCACAGUAGCAUCGUGUCCCGGCAAACCAAGCCGGCCACCAAGAGCUUCAUCAAGGAUUGCAUCGUGAAGCAGCAGAUGGACCCUGCCAUGUUCGAGCAGGCGCAGACAGAAAUCCAGGCCGCCAUGGAGGAGAACACCUACCCCUCGUUCCUCAAGUCCGACAUCUACCUAGAGUACACUCGGACUGGCUCUGAGAGCCCGAAGCUGUGCGCUGACCAGAGCUCGGGGGCUGGCCCGGGCAAGGGCCUCCCUGGCUAUCUGCCCACUCUGAACGAGGACGAGGAGUGGAAGUGUGAGCAGGACCCGGAUGAGGAGGACGGCCGCGACCCUGCUCCCCCCGGCAGGUUCCCUCAGAAGCUACUUCUGGAGACAGCGCCUCCGAGGGCCUCCUCAGCCAGGCGCUACAGCGAAGGCAGAGAGUUCAGGUAUGGGUCCUGGCGGGAGCCUGUGCACCCUUACUACGUCAACUCUGGCUAUGCUCUGGCCCCGGCCACCAGUGCCAACGACAGUGAGCAGCAGAGCCUGUCUAGUGACGCCGACAGCCUGUCCCUCACCGACAGCAGCCUCGACGGCGUCCCCCCCUACCGCACCCGCAAACAACACCGCCGGGAGAUGCAAGAGAGUGUGCAGGUCAACGGACGCGUGCCUCUCCCACACAUCCCCCGCACAUACCGAAUGCCAAAGGAAGUCCGUGUGGAGCCGCACAAGUUUGCAGCCGAGCUCAUCCACCGCCUGGAGGCCGUGCAGCGGACAAGGGAGGCCGAGGAGAAGCUGGAGGAGCGGCUGAAGCGCGUGCGCAUGGAGGAAGAAGGGGAGGAUGGGGACGGCCUCCCCGGGGCUGGUCACAAGCUGCCGCCUGCUGCUGCCUGGCACCACUUCCCACCCCGCUACCCGGACUCGGGCUGCGUGGGGCUGCGGGAUGCGCACGAGGAUGACCCCGAGAGCAUCCUGGAUGAGCACGUGCAGCGGGUCCUGAGGACGCCUGGCUGUCCGUCACCAGGGCCCGGCCACCGCUCCCCUGACAGCACUCACCUGCCCAAGAUGCCGGGGCUGCCAGGGGCUCCUGGGCAUGGCAAGCACGUGCCCAAGUCGGGGGCAAAGCUGGACACAGCUGGCCUCCACCUCCACAGGCACAGCCACCACCACGGCCACCAUGGCACCACCCGGCCCAAGGAGCAGGCCGAGUCUGAGGCCACACGUCGCACCCAGAGCAGCUUCCUGUGGGGCCCUGACCCCCAUGGCCAUACUGCCAAGCCCCGCGGCCACACGGAGAACAUGGGUGGCGCUCCUCCCACCAGCGACGGCCUGGCCUACAACGGGAAGGUAGGCGUGGCUUCCAAGAGGACUGGCAGGAAGGCUGAGUCUGGGCGCAGUGCUAGUAUGGACCCGGGCCCCCCUGAGGAAGUGGAGAGGAACCAGAAGAUCUUGCAGUGGAUCAUAGAGGGCGAGAAGGAGAUCAGCCGGCACAGGAAGGCGGGCCACGGGUCUUCUGCCGGGAAGAAGCAGCAGGCCCACGAGAGCAGCCGGCCCCUGUCCAUUGAGCGACCUGGUGCCGUGCACCCCUGGGUGAGCGCGCAGCUGCGGAACUCAGUGCAACCUUCUCACCUCUUCAUCCAAGACCCUACAAUGCCCCCCAACCCGGCCCCAAACCCACUGACCCAGCUGGAGGAGGCCCGCCGGCGGCUGGAGGAGGAGGAGAAGAGAGCCAGCAAGUUGCCUUCCAAGCAAAGGUAUGUGCAGGAGGUCAUCCAGCGGGGGCGCGCCUGUGCCAGGCCAGCCUGCACGCCUGUGCUGAGCGUGGUGCCAGCUGUGUCGGACCUGGAGCUCUCCGAGACAGAGACGAAAUCACAGAGAAAGACAGGUGGCAGUGGGACCUCCCAGUCAUGUGACAGCAUCGUGGUGGCGUACUACUUCUGCGGGGAGCCCAUCCCUUACCGCACCCUGGUGCGGGGCCGUGCAGUCACCCUGGGCCAGUUCAAGGAGCUGCUGACCAAGAAAGGCAACUACAGAUACUACUUCAAGAAAGUUAGCGACGAGUUCGACUGUGGAGUAGUAUUCGAGGAGGUUCGAGAGGACGAGGCGGUGUUGCCCAUCUUUGAGGAGAAGAUUAUCGGGAAGGUGGACAAACUUGAUUGACCACUGUGUCUGCAUGGCUGCUUCAGGGAGAGGCGGGGCCUAGCCCAGAGCCACAGGCUGACCGUGCAGUCACAUGUGGGGUCAGCCAGCCAGCCUUGGGGCCUACGGCCGCCUGCCCACAGGCUUAGGUCCUGCUGCUGACCAGCAUGGAGCCCGUCCACCCUCCAGAGCAAUACUCGGGGGCUGACUUGGUGUCUGCUGCUAGCUGACCCCCGGCACCGCCCUGCCACGCCUGCCACAGGCCCUGUCUCCCUCUGGGUCUCAUCGCCAUACCCUGUCCAGGUCAGGCCCAUGGUGCCGGGGCCCCAGGGGCCUUCCCAAUUGUACAUGUCACCCAGUGCCUUCACACAGCGUGUCUGUGGCCUGCCAGUGUGCAGAUCCGAGCCCGGUGCUCUCCCAUCCCGCCCUGGGUCUGGAGUGGGCUCAGCAGUCUGGCCCCCCAGAACCCAUGUAAAUAUGUACAUUUCUCAGGCAGGGCCAGCAGGGGGCUGCCCCAGCCCAUUUUUCAUGCGUUGACUUGUACAAUUAUCUUUUCAAAGGUACUUGGAUAAUAAUGAAAUAAAAACUUUUUUGAAACCUUC